AUGGCCCAAUCAUCAUCCCGGGUCGUGACUUGCAUCAACUAUGCCUUGCAUGAUACCGAGUUGCGGGCUAACCGUACUCCUUCCUUGGCUAAUGACUUGAAGAAACACAACAUUUGUCUAAGGAAUCUCAAGGCCUUCGUUGUUGUUUCUGCAAGAAGGUGGGACAAAGAUGCCCGCGGCUUGGAAUCUCUCUUGGCAAGGAUUGAAGAUGUUGUUUCCAGGUAUGCUCAGAAAAUCCACCGUCCCUUUGACGCUUCAACUGCUUCCAUCUCAAUGCCUUGGCUUCGGGUCAUUUUCAACGAGAUCCUCUGUUUGGAGGAAGAAAUUGAUAAUGAAAAAUGGUUCGCCGCUCUAUCGGAUCAUACGUGUCGACCUUCUCCGGCAGCUUCUUUAACGGCGACUGAAAUCCUGGAGAUCACUGAUUUUGUUCUUGGGAAUCUAUUUGAUUUUCCAACCAUUUUCAGUAGUCAAACUUCUCACCUUGCUACUUUGAUGCGGGCGAUGGAAGCCUUGGGCUUGCAGAUGACAUGUUUGAAAAAUUUCCUCCUCUUUGCUUCUGCAGAGACUCGGGUCGAAAACGGACAUAUCAAAGAUUUACUGAUUUACUUUGAAGAUGUUGCAAUCAAAGCAGCAGGUCUCUUCAUCAAUAGUCCACAUGAUGCGUUUGAUGAAAAAUGGUGUCAACACAUGGAGUUCAAGUGUUCAAUACUCCUUGAAAAGAUCAAGCCUGUUGAUCCUCAAGUAUUACACACUUACACUGAAGCUCUUAGUAGCUUAAAACCUUCCAGCCACUUAAAUCCUCAAGUCUGUCAGGAUUUCCUUGAUUGCCUCAUAUCAAACCUUUGGGAUAUUCUCCGAAUAGAUGUUGUUCAUCUGGAUUCUAUGAUGGAUCAACAGAAAGCUCUAUAUGAAGGAUUGAAACUCUUGAGAUCUAUUGUGAAGCAGCAGCAGGUUGCAGAAAACAUUGAUGACAAAAUCAAGGAACAAAUUGGGGAUCUGCUGAAAAGUCUCUUGGAGGAAAUUGAGGAAUCGCACCAUCAUAAUCAGGAACUGCGAGCUCUCUGGAAUCGCAUUCUUGAGAUCCCUGAAAUAACUGAUGAUAUUGUAGGUUUCCAUGGCGAUGCAGCAUCCAUCGUCGAUAAGAUCACAGGAGAAGGAAAUCAGUUGAUAGUGAUUAAUAUUUGGGGAAUGGCGGGUGCAGGUAAGACAACUCUUGCUUCUAAAGUGUACAAUGAUCCUUCUGUUAGAAAGCAUUUUGAUGUGCUUGCUUGGGGUUUGGUUUCUCCUGUAAUGGAAGAAGUCAGGUUGCUGACUGAGCUUUUAAAUCGUAUAGAUCCUAGUUGCAAUGUUCCGGUAGACGUAGCAGAUUUAAAAGCUAAGGUCCAUGCAUGUUUGAAAGACAAACGAUAUCUCAUAGUAUUGGAUGAUGUAUGGACUAAAGAAACAUGGAAAGAAUUGGAGUCUGUAUUCCCUCAGGAUGGCAUGGGGAGUAGAAUUCUUGUCACCAGUCGGCAAAGAUAUGUUAUUGAUUUUCGUUUCCUAUCUUUCGAAGAUCCUCCUUCAAUUUUUCCACUCACUAAUGAAGACAGUUUAGAGUUGCUGCAAAGGAAGUUAUUCCCUGGAAAGGAUUGGCCUCCUCCAUUACUUGAACUCGGGAAGGAAAUCGCAAAAUAUUGUAAGGGAUUACCUCUUGCAAUCAUCACUGUGGCUGGUCUUCUAGCAAAUAGCGAACAAGAGAAUUGGAAAGAGAUUGUGGAUGGUUUAAAUUCUGGUGCCACAGCUAUUCCAGAAUUAACUAUAAAUGCAUGGGAAUUAAGUUACCAGCAUCUGCCAGCUUACUUGAAACCUUGUUUUCUAUAUUUUGGGGCAUUUCCAAGAAAACAAGAGGUUUCUGUGAAGAGAUUAAUUCAUCUGUGGAUAGCUGAAGGCUUUGUUCAAAAAGCGGGAUUUGAGACAACAGAAGAUGCAGCAAAACAGUACCUGCAGGAAUUAAUUAAAAGAAACUUGGUCAUGGCUGCUAAAAAAAGAUCCAUAUAUCGCGUAAAAACUGUCCGGAUCAAUGAUUUGGCGCAUAACUUUUGUUUGAGAAAAGCCAAAACAGAGAAUUUUGUCUAUCUAUUGCGUGGGAAUGAUCAGCUUUCAGAUUAUGAGGAGCCACCCUACCUGCGCAGAUUGUGCAUUCAUGACGAUAAUAAUAAGUUGGGUUGCAGACCACACCGGCUUGCCACCUCCUCUUUCAUUCCCAUCUUCAAACUUCUCAAAGUGUUGGAUUUGGAGGAGAUUGAUUUGGGUUAUGUUGUUCCCAGUGAAAUAGGACUUUUCGUUCUGUUGAGAUACCUAUCGGUUCGAGGAAAUAUAGAGAUCAUUCCAACAUGGAUCGGUAAUCUGUCGAACUUGGAAAGUCUUGUUGUGCAUCUGGGAAGAGAACAAUCCAUGGUGCUAUUGCCACCUACUCUCUGGAAUCUAGAAAAAUUGAAGUGGGUCUGCAUAAAUGGAGGAGGUGGUAUUUUGCCCAUUGAAAAUCUAGAUGGCUCCCCUGGUUUGUUUGAGUUGGAAACGGCUUCGGGUGUAGUGAUCUACAGUGGUGCCAGCAUGAGAAGCCAGUUGCGGAGGUUUCGGAACAUCCGCAGGCUGAGAUGCGAUCUGUCUCAACUCUUUGUUGAGAAUCAAAAGUUGGAUAAGAUUGAAAUUCCAGAGUUUUUGGAGUUACUAAUGUCGCUUCACUUGUGGAGGUCAGACGUCGCAACGAUGAAUCCUGCUGUAUCUGAUAUGUGUUUUCCAAGUUACCUGGAAAACCUCACCUUAUCAAGGCUUGCAUUACCCUGGGAGAAGAUUUCGCCCAUUAUUAGACUCCAGCAUCUCCGUGUUCUCAAAUUACUCGAUUCCUGCUUCGUUGGGGAUACCUGGCAUCUGAAGGAGUAUAGUUUUAAUAGUCUUGAAUACCUGAAAUUGUCUAGGUUGGACAUUGUCAGGUGGACAUGCGACACUGGACGUUUUUCCGGCCCCUUGAAGAAUUUGGUAUUGGAACACUGCAGCAACUUGGUAGAGCUUCCAACAGUCUAUCUAUGGCAAAGACGUUUGUCUCUCCAGGUGAUUGACAUCAUCUCCUGUUCUGACAUUUUAAAAGGAGUAGCCAAACGUGUCGGUAGAUAUUGCAAGGUUCAGGCUGUUUGA